GUUGCUAGUUUCUUUUAAAAGUCAGACAUUACGUCUAUCUAAUAUUAAAAUUAUUCGUAUUUUGUAUAAAAUGGAAACACUGUGUCGCAUCACCAGCACAUUUGAAAAUGUAAGAAAUGCAAUCAAGAAUAAAAAUUCGUCAGAACGCCUUCAAAGCCUAAAGAAGGAUUUUCAGAGCCUUAACACCGAACUGGUAGUAUUAGGAAAAGAAAACCAUGACAACUUUGUGAGAUCCCUCGCAAUGGAAGGUUACUUAGCCCUCUUAUCCGCGAAGACAAUACCUAUAUCUCUUAUGGAGAAGAAGAAUAUCCUUCAAGUCGCGUUUGACAAAUUGAAACCUUAUGCUCUGAGAGAAGAAUGUCUUUUCAUCUUGCUUAGAAUUCAGAAUCUUUUAUGCUAUUACUUGAUCCAACUAGACCAAAUCACGAUUGUUCGGGAUCUCUUGGAGAAUAUGGAAGACCUUUAUGACAAAAUUAGCAAAUUUCCAUCUGACAAGUACGUAGACGCCGAGGACCUGUUUACUGUUGAAUCUCUCGAAAACGUCAAAAGAGUCAACCCAGAAAAGAUUGAUAAAGUCAUUACAAAUAAUGUCCAAAUGCAAGCAUUUUUAUAUAACAAACUGAAUUUACCCGACAAAUAUACGUUAUAUAAUCAUACUGCACUGAGAAGACAGUUGGAAAUGAAAGAAGGGACACCCCAAGACUGGGCAUUGAGAACUGCCAGACUUGGUAACUACUUCACUUAUCUUAAUCAAAUUGGCAAUGCUAGACAUCAUCUUUGUGCUGGUUAUCACGUGUUGAGAACUUGUCAUGACAACUGCAAACUGAUGCCAGAAGAGUUUGUACUACAGAAGGCAGAUUUCGAGAUGCAUUUCUUAGAACUAAGUCAUCAUUGGGUAAAAUAUGGGUUGACUCUCUUCAAACUAUCUAAGAAAAAGAUAUUAAACAAAUAUUUCACUCAACCUACCUCGAGAGCUGAUUUAUGGAAAACUGUAGACUUUAUGGACGAACCCAUAGAUAAUACGGAGAAAUUCGAAGAGGAGAACCUGAAAGACCAAGGCGCAGAGAAGACUGGUAAAGGAGAUUAUACCCCAGAAAAGUUAUUUACUUUCCCAACUUUAGACUUGAAAGAAAUGGAGAGCAGGGUACCUCUAGAUAUAGUAUGCAACGUGGAAGAAGCUCGAAAACUCUUCGCGUUUACACACAAGUGGUUGAUGAGGGCAAAACAUUACUACGACUUCGAACAUCACUUUGCUCAGUACAUAUCAUGUUCGCUGCAACUCGCUGAAUUGUACGAGCACUUGGCUUUCUUCGAGCGAAAUAUAGACAACCAGUACAGCAUACAGAAGAGAAGAGCCGAUGUGCUGGAAACUUUAAACUCUCUACUGAAGAGUUGCGACAACGUGAUGUCUGUUCAAAUCGACGUGAUAAGGGAGCUGUCACAAGUACAGUUAGAGCUGAUGGCGCUAAAUUUGCAAAAAUUGUGGCGCGAAGAAUCUCACACUAAUAUCUUAAACUUGGAUACGGAUGCUGAUUCGAUUAUCAAUUCGUUGGAUUCGAUGGAGUCGAACAAAACAUUGACCGAAAAAACGUUGAAUACGUCGUGUAAGAAUAUGUUCUUGAGGAAAAUGGAGGCUGCUACAUCUUUAAAUGGGAAGCUUUUCAGACUGAGUGGACAACUAGGCACGAGAACUCCUUCGCAAUUAAGUUUGGCUACUAGCUUUUUAAAAAAUUAAUAAUUUCGGGUUGCAUGUACUCUGUUGCUCACCUGGAACUAUUAUUACAAUGAAGCUUUGCAAUUAUUCAACGAUCUUUUAACGGACAUUUACAAAUGCUCUUUAUAAAAAAUACAAGUGAAAUAAUGUAAAUUGACUAGGUAUUUAGAUGGGAAAUUAAGAAAUAAAAAUUUA